AUCUAGCGAUUUGUUGUCUCUUCUUCGCCAGACGUCUUGAGUCGAGCGCAUAUUCCGACUUCGGUAAAAUAGUAUACCAGCAACAGCAGCACCGACGAUGGUUCGUGAAAUCAAUAUCAGGCCCGAAACUCGGGAAACGGAGGCACGGCGGCGCGAGUUGGCUGAAGUUGCUCCCGCGAUCAAGCCUGAGGUGUAUGGUUCCGGUGUAGAUGCCACCUUGGACCGACAGCUUCAGGAGCUUGUCGACGAUUACAAAUCUUCUGGCUCCGGCGAAUUCAACAAGGGGACUUUGAUGGAUCCAAAGCCUCGUGAAGCUAUCGACCAGGGAUGGAUCGACGUCGGUACCACCAAGACCGAAAUGUCCCUCGAUACACAAGAUCCAGAACCCGUUGAGCAAGGGCCGGCCCGCAUUACUGCCCCGAGAGCUGAGGCCGGCCUGGACAGAAAACUACACGAACUCACCGCCGAGGGAUUCCUGAGUGAAUUGCGUGAUCUUCUCCAACAGGGAGCAAACCCAAACACGUUAUCCGCCCGAGGGACCCUCCCCCUCUGCGAACACGCGCGACGCGGAAAUUUGGACGCAGCCAAGUUACUCCUCGAUCACGAAGCCGACGUCAACCUAUCCGACGCGAGCGGUCGGACGGCGAUAUCAUACGCCACGGAAACGACCAACCCGGCGAUGGCGCGCUUGUUGAUGGCGGUCCCGGGGAUAGACGUCAACCUCAAAGACGGUGAGCUUCGGGCGCCGGUGUGGUAUGCCCUCUGCGCGUGGAUCAAGUCCGGUCGGAUCUUUGUGCCUGAUACGGAUACCUUGUUUGUGCUUCUUGAGGACGAGAGGGUGCGGGUUGAGGAUGUUAAUGGGGAGGGGAGAGGGUUGCUGCAUCUUGCUGCUGCGGCUGGGGCUGGGGAUCUUGUGGAGUUUUUGUGCGAUCGUAGUGAUGUUGAUGUGAAUCGUCGAGAUGGGAGGGGAUAUACUGCUGUUGCGUAUGCUUUGGGGGUGAAGAAUGUUAGGGUGCUUGGGGUGUUGUUGAAGUAUGGAGCUGGGAUCACGGUGGCUCAGGGGAAGGGGUUUGAGGUUGUUUCUCCGAGGCGGAGGAGAAGAUGGGUUGAAGGGCGAUGGUGCUAUGCUCGUAUCAUAGACUGAGUCUGGUUGCAAGUGGUAAAGGCAUAGGCGAAGUGAGAGCAGGAAGAGUAGUCGGGACCGCGACCGAGAUCUAGGCCGGAGUCUGCGGGACGCCGCAGGCAAGUGCCGGGCUUAUGACGGAUACCGGCUCCACUUUGAGCUUUCCUACCAAAGCCGCUAUCUGUUCUGCUCGGGCCUACUCUUCUGGGGUCGUUGGUGCCGUCCCGGUUGGAAGAUUUGAU